UGUGAAGACACAAUUGCGCUUUACGACAGGCAUGUUUCAGUUGGUAGCUUGUUAGCUGGAAAGCUAGUCGUGUAGGAUUUCAAAUUUAAACACGGUUAUAUUACGGUACAGGGACGCAACCAGGGAACAAUGGAUGUUGGAGAACUCCUGAACUAUCAGCCUGACAGAGGAGCCAAGCGCCCAAGGGGAGAGGAUGGAGGAGCUGCAGGAGGAGAUGACAACUCCAGAGGAGGGAAGCAGCAGAAAGGUGUGGGACCGAGGGAGGCAGCCAGGUUCAGGGAGGUGGGAGGAGGAGGAGAAGGAGGAGCUGAAAUGAAAGAAACCGAAGAGCCGACUGGAGACAGGAAGAUGAUCUUAGAGAAACUGAUGGACCAGGAUGGGGAAGAACCAGAGGCAGAGCCAGUUGACGAGAGCUCAGUGAAGAAAAUGAUUCUGACCUUUGAGAAAAGGUCGUACAAAAACCAGGAGCUGAGGAUAAAGUUUCCAGACAAUCCAGAGAAGUUUAUGGAGUCAGAGCUGGACCUGAACGACAUCAUCCAGGAAAUGCAUGUAAUCGCGACGAUGCCGGAUCUCUACCACCUGCUGGUGGAGCUUAACGCUGUCCACUCGCUGCUGGGCCUCCUGAGCCAUGAAAACACUGAUGUUGCCAUAGCAGUGGUGGACCUGCUGCAGGAGCUGACGGAUAUUGACACACUCCAUGAGAGUGAGGAGGGAGCCGAAGUCCUCAUUGACGCCCUGCUGGAGGGUCAGGUGGUGGCCCUGCUGGUGCAGAAUAUGGAGCGGCUUGAUGAACAAGUGAAAGAAGAGGCUGAUGGCAUCUACAACACGCUUGGUAAGAAAAUGUUCCUCCACUGUAAACAAGCAACUUUUGUCAUCUUAUACUGUAGCAACAAAUGUAGAAAGUGCUGCAAUUCUCAACUCAUUGUCUCCAGAGAGCAAUUAUUUCAGCAGCAGGUCAUCAGAAACAAUCAGAAAAGCUACAAACAUUUUUGAACAUAUUGUGUUGUG